UGGAGGCUUUCCAGACCUCCAAAUAUCAUGUGCUCAUGUUAACAGAUUUUAACUCAGCAUCCCUGCUUCCUGAGAGGCAGAGCACAUAUGAUCUUAUCAGCACACUGUGACAUCUUUAGGUAGCUGGAGUGCACGACUUGGCUUCUCAUCUGCAGCACGUUUACAACUGCACAACAGUGUCAUACUGGUGGCUAAAUGUUCUUUUCAUCCUUGUCGCAGCUUAGUUGGAAAGUGGAUUUGCAUAUAUGUUCGGAAGACGGGAAACCGAACUAAAAGGGUUUCUGCAUCAGCAUUCCAACUGCAUGUCAUUUGGGCAUGGGUGAAUAAUGAGGAAAUCAAAGAGAAGACACAGAGCCCUGCUUGCUGUGUGUUUGAACUUAGUAGCCCUUUUGUUUUCUACUACAGCUUUCAUUACAACGUACUGGUGCGAGGGGACACAGAGGGUGCCUAAGCCAAACUGUGCGAAAGGCAAAAAGACAAACUGUAUCAACUACAAUGGGGAUGAUGAGAGUCAUAACCAGAGCAACUCGAAUGUGGUUCACUACAGCUGGGAGACGGGGGAUGACAGGUUUCUGUUCAGAUACUUUCACACUGGGAUAUGGUACUCCUGCGAGGAAAAUAUUAAUGGAUCUGGUGAAAAAUGUCGAAGCUUUAUUGACCUUGCACCAGCAUCUGAAAAAGGUGUACUUUGGCUGUCCGUGGUGUCUGAAGUGCUGUUCAUUUUACUGUUAGUCGUUGGAUUCAGCCUCAUGUGCCUAGAAUUCUUUCAGUCAAAUAACGUUGUGGAUGGUCUGAAGUUAAAUGCGUUUUCUGCUGUCUUCACUGUGUUGUCAGGUCUUCUUGGUAUGGUGGCUCACAUGAUGUACACUCAAGUCCUUCAGGUUACUGUAAGUUUAGGUCCUGAAGACUGGAGACCUCAUUCGUGGGAUUAUGGGUGGUCUUUCUGCCUGGCUUGGUGUUCCUUCACGUGUUGCAUGGCAGCCUCUGUCACAACCCUGAAUUCAUAUACAAAAACAGUCAUCGAGUUUGGACACAAGCAUAAGAUUUUUGAGCAAGCUCUGCAAGAAGAACAGUCGUUCACAGAUCACAAUGCCCUUAAAUACAUAAAGGAGCGACCGGUUCAGUCUAUUUCUAGCUCCCUGGAAAUACCAGAUGAUGCAUCCAGAAGUAUCAGGAAGUCUGUGCUAGCGUCAACAUCAGUUGAUCUAGGAGAAAUACGGGAUUCAUUGGGAGAAGAACAAUGUUAAUAGUACAUGUCACUCUACAAUUUAUAGUAAUGCAUUUCUCUCAGUGUUUAAUUGGUUAACAACAAAAAUCUACAAUAAUAUACUUGACAUUGUCUUAUUUCAAUUUUUAUUUGAUUUUUUAGGAUGAAUACGGCUCAAAAAAUGUUCACACAUAAAAGCUAAAAUCAUUGCUCUAUCUUUGUCGGAAUUUCCACUGCUGAUCUCUCAACAAGUAUUAAAGAUGAUGUAUGAAGGGGCAUAAAUAGCAACCCCAAGUGCCAGUGCUGUUUUUGUGACAUCACAUUGUUUUUGCACAGAUGCUCUCUAAUAAAUUUGGCUUUGCCACAAACAUA